AUGCUGGGGCAUGCGUUUCUACAGCGGGAGCGUCCAGACUCGGUGCUGAUGGAUCUGAUCCAGAGAACCAAGGACGCGGUGCGGGAGCUGGACAACCUGCAGUAUCGCAAAAUGAAGAAGCUCCUUCUCCAGGAGGCGCACAACGGCCCCACGGCUGAGACCACGGACGCCGACGAGGAGCUGGAGCCCGGUGGAGGUCGCACAGGGACCGUGAACAGCGUGGGCAGUAACCAGUCCAUCCCCAGUAUGUCCAUCAGCGCCAGCUCCCAAAGCAGCUCCGUCAACAGCCUCAACGACACGUCCCAGGACAACCGCAGCGAGCUGGACCUGAUCGAGGGAGACCACACCGUCAUGUCCAACAGCUCCGUCAUCCACGUAAAACCUGAGGAGGAGGAGGAGGAGGAGAAGAGUGUCCCUGGGGAGCCAACAGAGACCAGCGAGCCCACGGAGCCCCAGGAGACCCCCGCCCCGCCCCCCAAAAAGCACUACCGCAACAGGGAGCACUUCGCCACCAUCCGCACCGCGUCUCUGGUGACCCGGGAGAUGCAGGAGCACGAGCAGGACUCCGAGCUCCGCGAGCAGAUGUCCGGAUACAAACGCAUGCGGCGGCUGCAUCAGAAACACCUGUUGGCGCUGGAGAACAAGCUGAAGGGAGAGAUGGACGAGCACCGGCUGCGGCUCGACAAAGAACUGGAAUCUCAGAGGAGCAACUUCAGCUCCGAGAUGGAGAAGCUUCUCAAAAAACAUCAGGCUUCUCUGGAGAAAGAGUUGAAAACUUUUACCAACGAGGAGAAGAAGUUCCAGCAGCAGAUCCAGGUUCAGCAGAAGAAGGAGCUGAGCAGUUUUCUGGAGUCACAGAAACGAGAGUACAAGAUGCGCAAAGAGCAGCUGAAAGAGGAGUUGAGUGAGAACCAGUCGACUCCCAAGAAGGAGAAGCAGGAGUGGCUGUCCAAGCAGAAGGAGAACAUCCAGAACUACCAGGCGGAGGAGGAGGCCAAUCUACUGAGGAAGCAGCGUCACUAUCUGGAGCUCGAGUGUCGGAAAUUCAAGAGACACAUCCUCAUCAACCGCCACAAUGUGGAGCAGGAUCUGGCCAGAGAGGAGCUGAACAAGCGCCAGACUCAGAAAGACCUGGAGCACGCCAUGCUGCUGCGGCAUCACGAGUCCAUGCAGGAGCUGGAGUUCAGACACUUGAACACGAUUCAAAAAGCCCGCGCCGAGCUGAUCCGCACACAGCACCAGACCGAGCUCACCAACCAGCUGGAGUACAACAAGAGGCGGGAGCGAGAGCUGCGCAGAAAGCACGUCAUGGAGGUCCGACAGCAGCCCAAGAGCCUGAAGUCCAAGGAACUGCAGAUCAAGAAGCUGUUUCAGGAGACGUGCAAGACCCAGACCCGGCAGUACAAGGCCCUGAGGAACCACCUGCUGGAGACCACGCCCAAGUCUGAGCACAAGGCUGUUCUGAAGAGACUAAAGGAGGAGCAGACCAGGAAACUGGCCAUUCUCGCAGAACAAUACGACCACUCCAUCAACGAGAUGCUCUCCUCACAAGCGCUGCGUCUGGACGAGGCGCAGGAGGGCGAGGGUCAGGUCCUCAGGAUGCAGCUGCAGCAGGAGUUGGAGCUGCUGAACGCUUAUCAGAGCAAGAUCAAGAUGCAAACAGACGCACAGCACGACAAGGAGCGGCGCGACCUGGAGCAGAGAGUGUCUCUGAGGAGGGCGCUGCUGGAGCAGAAGAUCGAGGAGGAGAUGCUGUCGCUGCAGAACGAGCGCCUGGAGAGGAUCCGCUCUCUGCUGGAGCGUCAGGCCCGAGAGAUUGAGGCCUUCGACUCUGAGUCCAUGCGUCUGGGCUUCAGUAACAUGAUCCUCACAAACCAAGGGCCUCAGGGCUCCCACUGGCCCGCAGGAGGAGGGGGCCACCAGGGGAGCUCCAGCUCUCAGCAGCCCUGGGGACACCCCAUCCUUUCAGGGGGGCCUCCACCCUGGAGCCUGCACCCCCCUGCAGGAGGGCAGAGGGCGGGGGCCGGGGUGAGGAACAGCCCCCAGUCAGCGAGGAGGACGGCAUCAGGGGGAAGGAGCGAACAGGCCAUGAGCAGGAGCGCCAGCAUCACCUCCCAGAUCUCCAACGGGUCCCACCUGUCCUACACUUAG